GCAGCUCUGGGACUGUCGACAACUCUGCCACUCAGAGGAGAAGCUGCAGCGAGGGCGAGUCCACACUCUGAAAACAGUCUGAUGGUGGAGAGUGAGAAGCUGCAGCUGCUGCAGGCCACUCUAAAGGGCAUGCUAUUGACUGAAUCACAUCAAUACAGAGGACUUAACUCAAGUCUGAUUCCAACUUGACUGCCACUGGUUAUGAGAAUCUGUACUCUGAGAUUGAAAAGGCUGGGGGUAAGAUGUUCGUGGAGUCUGUCGUUCGAUGGGGGGCAUGGAGCGUCCUUCUCCAGUUUGGAUUGGGUGUAUCUGCAGGAGGCUGUCCUCCAUCCUGUGUGUGUCGACCUGAAGCUAAAGAAGUGAUCUGCACUGCCAAACAUUUAACCUCGGUGCCAGAGGGCUUUCCCAAUGAUGCCAGGCGUUUGGAUUUAUCCUACAAUAAGAUUAAGACCGUGGGUCGCCGCCAGUUCUCUGGCCUCCUGCAACUUCAAGAGUUGGACCUUAGUGAUAAUGUAAUCUCCAUGAUUGAGGUGGAGGCUUUCCAGGGGCUACAGAAUCUCAGGACGCUUCGGAUUAAGAAUAAUCGACUCAAGAUCAUCCCGGUUGGGGUGUUUUCUGGCCUGUCUGGUUUGCGCUUUCUGGAUUUGAGCCAGAAUGAGAUCCUGGUCUUUCUGGACUACACCUUUAAAGAAAUGUCGAACCUGCAAGUGCUGGAAGCUGGGGAGAAUGAUUUAGUAUUCAUCUCCCAGCGGGCUUUUUAUGGUCUGCAGAAUUUACAAGAGCUUAACAUAGACCGCAGCAAUCUGACAUCCAUUCCCACAGAGGCGUUGUCUCAGCUCCAGAGUCUGACACGACUCUGCAUGCUUCGCCUCACCAUUUCUACUCUGCCCAACAACGCUUUCCGCCGGCUUCACCGUCUACGCACCCUUGUGAUUGCAAACUGGCCAGCUUUAGACACUAUGGCUAGUAACAGCCUGAUUGGUCUGAAUUUGACCUCGCUUGUUAUCAGCAACUGCAACCUAAGUGUGGUUCCUUACUCAGCACUACGUCACCUAGUAUAUCUGCGCUUCCUGGACCUGUCCUACAACCCCAUCACUGUUAUCCAAGGUAACCUGCUAGGGGACCUUUUAAGACUUCAAGAAUUACACCUAGCAGGGGGGAGCCUGCUACGAAUAGAGCCGGGGGCCUUCAGGGGUCUGGCCUACUUUCGUAUGCUCAAUGUGACAUCCAAUCAGCUCACUACUUUGGAGGAGAGCGCCUUCCACUCAGUGGGGAACCUUCAGGUGUUGAGGUUAGAUGGGAAUCCCCUGGCAUGUGAUUGCCGCCUCCUCUGGGUGGUGCGUCGCAGAUUACGCUUGAACUUUGAUGGACACCAGCCCACUUGCUCGUCUCCUGAUGUGGUAAGACAGCGUGAAUUCAGAGACUUUUCGGAGAAGGAGCUCCCGAGGCUGUUCACCUGUCGCCAUGCACGGAUCAUGGACCGCAGGCCGCAGGAAGUGAGAGUAGAGGAGGGCACUACAGUUGUCUUCUCCUGUAAGGCUGAUGGGGAUCCAAUGCCAUCCAUCACCUGGAUCUCAUCUCAUAAGAAUGUGGUUUCUCCAACAGGACGAAUCAGAGUCUUGCCCAAUGGUACUCUAGAAGUGCGUUUUGCCCAGGUUCAGGACAGUGGCACGUAUCAAUGCCUGGCAGGCAACGCAGCUGGCAAUGACAGCCUGACUGUCGGUCUGUACGUCAAGGGGCUUCCUCGCAAUCGAACCAUCCCCUUCUUCGCAGAGGAGGGCUGGGUUGAGCCUUCAAACGCCCAAGCUGUUAACUCCUCAGCUCAAAUGGCCAAGCCGUACCCUUUUGACGCAAAGACACUGAUUAUUGCUACCACCAUGGGCUUCCUGUCUUUCCUCAGCUCAGUGGCCAUCUGCUUUGUCUUCAUGUUCUUCUGGAGUCAGAGCAAAGGCCAGAUCAAGCACACGGCAACUAUUGACUUUGUCCCUCGGUCGUCCAUGGGUGGAGGAGGAGGGGAAGGAGGUGAUGGUGGCAGAUUCACCAUGAAACUUAUUUAA